AUGGCGACUCACAAAGCUCUCGUUCUCCAUUCCCAUGACAAGCCCCUCGUUCUUGAAACCAGAUCUCGUCCAGUCGCUGGCACAGGUGAGGCCGUGGUGCGUAUCCUGGCAGCGGAUAUUGUGCCCUACAUGGCUGAGGUGUUGAACGGCUCGCGCCCAUAUCCCCUUUCCUUUCCGAUGACACCAGGCAAUACAGCAAUCGGAAGAGUCCUUGAAGUAGGCCCGGAUGCCGUCGAGCUGACUCCGGGUCAGCUAGUCCUCUGCGACAUCACCAUUCGUGCCCGAGACAAUCCCUCCGUUUCUAUUCUGUUCGGAGUACACGGUGGUGGUUAUCCAGCUGCACAAAAGCUUAUGGAUGGACCAUGGCGCAAUGCGACCUACGCCGAGCUCACGCGUUUCCCCUUGGAAAACCUAUUCUCGCUCAACGAGGACUUACUAUUCCGGAGAAUGGGAUACACACUGUCUGAUCUUUGCUUUAUGCCCGUCUGCCUUGUUCCGUUCGGUGGGUUGUCAGAGGUCAAUGUGAAGCCGGGCGAGGUGGUCAUUAUUGCUCCCGCAACGGGUCGAUAUGGAGGUGCUGCAGUGGCAGUAUCUCUCGCCCUUGGGGCUACAGUGGUUGCAGCAGGUCGGAAUGAGAGCAAUUUGAAUAGCAUGGCAGACCUAUACUCUUCAACCGGAAGACUGAGAACGGUUGUCCUCAAAGAGGACGUCUCACAAAACACCGAAGCUUUCAAAGCAGCCGCAGGCAAUCCACAUGGGGCUGAUGUGUUCAUUGACUUUUCACCACCGGUAGCCGAGGGCAGCACCUUAUUGACCUCCGCUAUCGAAGCCUUGCGUCCUUUUGGACGCUGUGUCAUCAUGGGUGGCAGGCCUGGCAACAUCAUGGUGCCCUACUUAGCUGUCAUGGCUAAGAGUAUUCGGAUACAGGGUCGCUUCAUGUAUGAGAGAUCACAGAUAUUGGAACUGAUACGAAUGGUGGAAUCCGGUGUACUUAGGUUGGGAGAGGCUAUUGGAGUCAAGCAGGCUGAGGAGUUCGGGCUGGAAUCUAUUGAUGAAGCACUUGAAGCCGCGGGAAGAUUGAGAGGUUGGGGCAGCCAUGUUGUGUUGAAACCAUGA